AUGCUCUCGUUGGCUGCCGGUCUUCAUUCCCCUGGGAACGGUCCCGCGGCCGUAGUUGUGACGCAAAUGAGAAAUACGUUCCGGCAGUUAAGAUUCGGUGUUCUUGUCGGUGAACAGGGAAAUAUCUACCUCGGUCAUGUGGUGGUAAGCAAACCCGUUGGUGAACAUUCAGGUGUGGUGCAAUACGAUCAUGGGAAGGCCGAAGUCGGCCAGUUUCGACACACUGGCUACCUCUUCCGAGCAGAAUACGUCCAUCCUGACCCGCAUGUUUCCUGCCGGAAAUGUGGAUGCGAUUCAAGCAAGAUUGUGGAUUGUCGCGCUGAAGAUAGCGAUGAUGACCACGAUGUGUAUGACCAAGUGCAGCAACUAGUGGUACAUAGGGGAACGAUUGCCGCUGGGGAACUGGCUGCGACCUAG